GUCAAUCAAUUUUAUUUUUGUCAAGGAACGUUUGUAGUAGGACUGUUAUUGUUAUUGUUUAUUUUUAUCUUUUGUCGGGGAUCAGUAUAGGUACCUUAAAAUUAGUACCUGCUUAAAUAGGUUUUAUAUUAAAUUCUUUAGUGAAAAUGGCAGGAGUGCCUAACGAUUGGCAGUUAGGAUGCGUGGAGAUGAAACAGCGAGGUGCUAAUCUUCUCCAGACAGGUCAAUGGUCUGAUUGCACGUUCCUAGUGGGCACGGAGCCCAACCAAGUAACCAUUGCAGGCCAUAAGCUUAUCCUAGCGAUGGCAUCGCCUGUAUUCGAAGCAAUGUUCUACGGUGGCAUGGCAGAAAGGAAUGAUCCCAUACCUAUUUUGGAUGUGCAGCCAGACGCUUUUAAAGCUCUUCUAGAAUACAUAUAUACAGAAAAUAUAAAUAUAAGCUCAUUUGACAAGGCAUGUGAGCUUUGUUAUGGGGCAAAAAAAUAUAUGUUGCCCCAUCUAGUCAAGGAAUGUACAACAUAUCUGUGGUCUGACCUGUACCCAAAGAAUGCCUGCCGUGCUUAUGAGUUUGCUCGUCUCUUUGAGGAGAAUGUUCUAAUGGAAAAGUGUAUACAGAUAAUCAGCACCAACACUAAAGAGGUACUUAAAGAUAGUAGUUUCGAGGAGGUGGACCUGAGCACAGUGGUUACACUGUUUUCACUUGACCACCUCAAUGUGGAUAGUGAGUUAGACUUGUUUGAGGCAGCAGUACGCUAUGCUAAGGCACAGAAACGGAACAUGGAAAGAAAUACAGCCUCUCCUGACUAUGGUCCACCAUCAGAGAAGAGGUCAAAGAGUCCUGUCCCCUCAACUUCUGCUGAGAAAGUAUCAGAUGUUGACAAGGUGGUAAAUGUUGAGAGCAGUGCAGAAAAUAGCCCGGAGGCAGUUACAGAAUCAUGCAAGUCCAGUGAUACACCUGUGUCCAGUGUAUCAUCGGAUAUUCCUGAUGAUAAUAAGAAGAAUAGAGAAGUGAAUAAAGACAAGCUAACAAUACGCAACGCAGUGGAGAAGAUUCGUUUCUUGACGCUGACUCCGCAGCAGUUCGCCGAGGGCCCUGCGCGGUCUUCGCUCCUCACUGACUCCGAGUCCUUCGCCGUCCUAAUGAACAUUCUCUCUAGCAACUGCGACAUCCCUAUGCCACAGGGCUUCUCCACCUGCAGAGUUCCAAGGAAACAGCUGAUCGGCGGAGGAUCUACUACUAGCCGCGAGGAGUCGCUGGCGGCAGGGUGUCGCAUGCAACCGUUCAGCGUGGACACGCCGAGCCCUGUGCCGCUCGACCUGGUGUUCGACGUAUCGCGGCCCGUGCUGCCCUUCGGCGGCCCGGCCGCCCCCGCCGUCCUCUCCGGGCCCGGCCUGCAGCACUACCCUAGACCUACGCGCCACGAAGCAGGACCUCGUGCAGGCGCAGCGGGCGCGGCGGAGGCGGCGCGGCUGGAGAUCAGCAAGCUGUACUGCACGCGCGCCAUCAUCCAGCAUACCGACUGCUACAACACCAGCGUGCUCGACUGCUGCGUCACCUUCAUGGUCGACCGCAACAUCUGCCUGCUCGGCGUCCAGGUUCCAACGCAAGCGCCAAGCAUGGAAAGCGCGCUGCCGCUGGGCCCGUCGGGCGGGGCGAGUGGUCCGGGCGGGGUGGGCGGGGCGGGGCCGGUGGGCGCGGGGGCGAGCGCGGACGGCUACAGCGAGCUGCUGUACGCGCACCUGCUGGACGCGGACGGGGCGCGGCUCACCUACACCCACUAUACCAGCCGCGUACCCUACCGCCACCUGCUCGACAUCAUGUUCAACAGGCCCGUCUACAUACAGAGGAACAAGGUAUACAAAGUGGGCAUAGUAUUCAACAAAGCAGGGUGGUACCCGACCGGCAUAUGCGCGCUGCAGGUAGAGACCGACGGCGUGUACUUCAACUUCGGCAUCGGACAGAGCAGCGACUCCGUACGCGACGCGCUCAUACGGUCCAUCAUAUUCACAUACUAGUGCCAGUGAUACGGCUAUUACAGGGAACAGGUGCGUAACUAUGAACAAGGAAUUACAUAGAAGGAAUGAUAAAAUAAAAACUUCACAGCAAGCUAGUGUAUAGAAAAUGUUACACGGCCGUAUAACCCUACCAAAUUCAGAUACAACCUGCUUACAUACGUUCUACAUAAACUGUAUCUAAUAUAUAAUCUAGUAAUAUAAAAUUUGUCAUUGACAAAUAAUUGACAUAUCAAACAUUUUUUGUAUACACUAGUCCGCUAUGAAUUGAGAAAAAUAGCAAUUGAUGGUGUAUCUUUCGUCCUCUUUUUUCUAAUUAUAUUUGCAUAAGAAGAAAGGAGGGAACCAUAUGAUUUACAGUUUUAUUAUUCCUUCUAUGUAAUGCCUUGUUCUUAGGGUACGUAAUACCAUAGUGUUGAAUGACAAUACAUGAGAUGUGUUUUGGUUAUCACAGUGCAUUCUGUGAUGACUCCACAGUGCUGUUUAUGUCUAUAGAUGACAGUUACCACUUUCCAUGAGGUGGGCUGUCAUUUUAUUUACUAUUCUAUCAUAAAAAAUGUCACAGUAUAAGGAGCAACAGUUGUCCAAUGACUAUAAUAUCUUGCUGCGUUCAUUGCAGGGUUGCCAUAUUUAUUUUCAGUAGACUUGAAAAAGUUCCUGUUUUUGAUUAAUUUGUAUGAAUUUCAAAUGUUAAAACGAUGUAUAAUUUCAAAAGACUAGUAUUUAAUUUUUAUAAAAAAGUUUUGGAUGUAAUUUUUGUUUUUGUUUUUAAAGAUAUCGUUUUGGCUAAUUUGUAAUUACUGAUUUUAAAAUUUAUAUUAAAUAUUUAGGGGUAUUUAUACCAAAUAUUGUCAUUUGGCAAUGUCCAGAUUAGGUUUUAUGUGAUUCUUGUUUUAGAUACUUUGUUUCCUAAUAUUUUGGAUUUUUAAAUAAAUGACAGUUUGAUUGACUGAUUGAUAUAAUAUAA